UUGGGAGCAAGUUUCAAACGAACCGUACAGCGAACAACAACAUGCAGUCCCAUCUCAUCGCCAUCCUGCUGGCCACCGUGGCCAUCGGAUCCUGCGUCGCGAAUCCCAAUCUCAUCUCUGGUCCUUCGCAAAUGCUCGAGAUAAUGAGAGCCACCAGCGAGAUGCAGCGUAAUAAUCCACAACUGGCCGGUCAGUGUUUCGACUACUAUUAUCCUCUUUUGGAAAACAUAUAUGACGAUUAUCAGAAGGAGUACAAUCGGUGCAUCGCUGUAUUCGAAGGCGGUAAGGCGGAGGUUAAUCAGCGAUACGUGCCCAUUGUCUGGGGCAUCAGCAAUACCACCUUUGUCAGCUGCAUGAAGUUGCUGGACUGUGAUUACCAGAAUAGCAGUCAGAACGCUCUAUCCUGUUACGCCGAACAGGGUCCAGUUGGAUCCAGGGACUUGUCCAGUGUGGCUUUCAAUGCUUCGACCCAGGUCAGUUCGCUGCUGCAGCAGAUCGAGCAACUGGAAUUCACCCGUGAUCUAUGCUGCAAUACAUCGUCCAGGAAUUAUGAAAUCCGCUUCACUGAGGCCAACCAAAAUCUUCAGAAAUGCCUGUCAGGUCUGAGUCCAGUGCCAGAAAGUAGCACCACUAGCACCACUAGCACCACCACCACCAUCACCACCGCUGCCCCCGUUUCCACCGUUCCCACCGAUAGCCCCACAACCAUAGCAGAAACCACAUCCGCACCAAUUAUAAGUUCGUCCACAACGAGGGCUCCAUCGACAGUGGCGCAUUUCAGUGCUGUUGAAAACAGCAGUGGCAGCAGCCAGAACCGAUUUGCCAGAAGAGUGGAAAGUAUUUUGAAACAUAUUGUUUAAGAAUGGAGCAAUAUUAAGGUCCAUAUCAAUAAAAUAUUAAACAAGAA